UUCCUCUCCUUUUAUCUGAGGUCUUUUGAGUUUGACUUUUUGAGUUUGUGUGCUAGAAGUAGACAGGUCAGGUGGCCGUCAUUGCAGAAGUUGGCAGCUUUAGUUUCGGGGAUCGCUGAACGCAGCCGUCCUCGUUUUGGAUGUCGUAGAGCUAGAGUGGUGUUUUAGUCCUAAUGAAAAACUAAGUUACUUGCAAGCAAGUAAAAAUUAUUUCGAUCGAUGAAUAUAAUGGACAACAUAUUUGCACUGGUCCUGUUGAUUCUGUGCUGUGCCAGUUUCAAUUAUGGAGCGGAUCUCGAUUGCAAACCUCCUCAACAAGUUAACGUUCACCUUGUGAGCCACACUCAUGACGAUGUUGGAUGGUUGAAAACCGUGGAUGAGUACUAUUAUGGAGCAAACAACAGCAUUCAGCACGCUGGAGUGCAGUAUAUUCUCGACUCAGUCUUGGACGCACUUGGCAAGAGUGAGCCCGACAUGCUGCGGAGAUUCAUUUACGUAGAACAGGCAUUUUUCUCUCGCUGGUGGAAUGAGCAAAGCGAUGAGAAAAAGGCGUUAGUGAGAAAGUACUUGGCCAAUGGCCAACUGGAAUUUAUAAACGGCGGUUGGUGCAUGAAUGAUGAGGCGGCCACACAUUAUGCAGCCAUCAUCGACCAAAUGACCCUGGGCCUAACGUUCAUCAACUCCGAGUUUGGCGAAGCGGCCAGGCCACGUGUCGGCUGGCACAUCGAUCCGUUCGGCCAUUCGUCCACCAUGUCCACUCUCCUGACAAUGAUGGGCUUCGACGCUUUCUUCUUCGGCCGUAUCGACUACCAGGACAAAGCGAAACGCCUGGCCGAGCGCCAAAUGGAGAUGAUCUGGCGCGGCACCGAGUCCCUGGGCUCCUUGUCCGACAUCUUCACCGGGGUCACGUACCACGGGUACAAUCCGCCCAACGGCUUCUGCUUUGAUCAGUCGUGCGCCGACGCUCCGAUCCAGGACGACUCUCACCUGGAGAACAACAACGUGGACGAGCGCGUCGAGAAGUUUGUGCAGGCGAUCCGAGACCAGUCUUGCCACUACAGCAGUGGCGAAAUCAUGAUGACAAUGGGCUCGGACUUCCAGUACGAGAACGCUCACCUCUGGUUCAAGAACAUGGACAAGCUGAUCAAGUACGUGCGCCAGUACGUCGAGACACAUGGCCACAACAUCACGCUCCAGUACUCGACGCCGACCCGUUAUCUGGACGCCGUGCACGCUGCGGCCACCAAGCAAGGACUCGAAUACAAGGUGAAGACGGACGAUUUCUUCCCGUACGCCGACAACCCGUUUGCGUACUGGUCCGGCUAUUUUACGUCUCGCCCGGCUCUGAAGCGUUACGUUCGUGUCAACAAUGUUCUUCUGCAGGCAUGUCACCAGAUGCAAGUGUUUGACGGCAAAGUCGACGCCAGCGUCAACUGCCGCAUGCUGUGGGAGGCCAUGGGCGUAGCUCAGCACCACGAUGCAGUGUCCGGCACGUCCAAGCAGCACGUGGCCAACGACUACGCCAAGCGCCUGGCCGCCGGCGCCGAUGUGGCCCACCAGACCAUGGGGCGCAUACUAUCGAGCUGGACGGGCGCCAAGGACGUCAAGUUCUGCACGUACCUGAACAUCAGCGUGUGCCCGGCCACGGAGAGCACCAACGAGUUCACGGUGAUUGCCUACAACCCGUCCUGGCAGGAGCGCGACGUCGUGAUUCGCGUGCCGCUGGCCAAGCGCACCAGCGUUGCCGUGAGCGACGGUAAGGACGACCUCGUCUCGCAGAUAAUGCCGGUGAGCCUGGCCAAGCAGUCGACGCGUGGUGCGCGUGGCCAUGCUGAGGUGGAGCUUCUGUUCAUGGCCACACUGCCGCACCAGGGCUACAAAACGUUCACGGUCAAGCCCGUCUCUGAAGGACAUUCCGGUGCUGCUGUGUGGACCGAGCCGGAGGAGGUACCUGCUGAGCCGAGCACGUUCUCCAUCUCCAACUCUCAUGGCGUUAAAGUGACGUUCUCUCGGAGCACCGGCCGAGUCAUGAGCUUUGGCAGUGGAGAAUCGGAAGUCGCUGUGGACCAGCAGUUUCUCUGGUAUAAUGGUAGCGAUGGUCACAACAACAGGAGCAACCAGGAAAGUGGCGCCUAUAUCUUCCGACCGAACCACACUGCCGACUAUCCGGUAAACGAGCAAGGCAAUGUUGCCGGUGUAAAGGUACUGAGGGGUCCGGUUGUAAGUGAAGUGCAUCAGCUCUUCAAUGACUGGGUUUUCCAGACUGUCCGUGUUCUCGAGUCUAACCCGUCCAGUGUUGAGAUGGAGUACACUGUUGGACCGAUUCCUUUCGCCGACGGCCUGGGAAAAGAGAUCAUCAGCCGCUUCUCCACCGACAUCAAGUCCGAUGGCGUGUUCUACACGGAUAGCAACGGCCGGCAGCUGCUUGAGCGCAAGCGAAAUCACCGUCCGACCUGGACCCUCAACUUGACACAGCCCAUUGCCAGCAAUUACUAUCCCGUCAACACGGCUAUCAAGAUCAAGGAUGCCAGCAAGAACUUCACUGUGCUGGCUGACCGCGCGCAGGGCGGUAGCAGCAUGGUCGACGGCAGUGUGGAGCUGAUGGUGCAUCGACGCUUGCUGCACGACGAUCAGCGCGGCGUCGGAGAGCCGCUGAACGAGACCGGCGUGUUUGGCGACGGCCUUAUCAUCACGGGCGUGCACCGCGUGCAGUCGUCGGCGUUCCAGUCUUCAUCGCACACCGCUGCCGAUGACGCCCUGGACUUCUUUCUCGAACCCAUCCUGGCCUUUAGCGAACCGCUCAGGAACAACAGCGAGCGCUCCUUCUUACCGAAGCAAGUAAAUCAACUUAACAUCCUCACCUUGCAGCACGAGAUCAACGUAACUCAGGACACGUUCCUGCUACGCGUGGAGCACUACAUUCCCGCCAGUGAUGGCGGCACUCCGGCCAGCCUGGUGCUGGAAACCUUGUUUCCGCACACAAACAUCACAUAUGAGGAGCUCACCCUCUCUGCCAACCUUCUCAAGUCCGAUCGUCAGCGAAUGGCGUGGAAAGUGGCUGGCCAGGAGCAGAGCGGCUACCCAAAGAAUGCCGACGACGGCUCUACUCUCGUCUUCCAUCCGAUGGACAUCCGGACGUUCCGCGUCAAGACGAAGAAGUAAACUGUCGCACAGCAGCACGCCUGUACUAAGUUAUGUUCUUAUUGACUUCUGCCUUAUCAGCCGCCCCACUCACUUGCCCCAGUAUUGAUCAGUUGGUGUACGGAGUUCAAAUUCGCUAGACUUGAUGUAUGCAUUUCUUCCUAGCACUACGCAAAACCCGUACGCGAGUGUUGCAUCGUCUCCCAGGCCCUUUCUUUCUUCUUUUUAUUCUCUAACGCCAAGCACCUUUCACCUGCGUUUUUCAGGUGUUGGUAGUGUGAAAGUAUGUGCAUUUUAUUACUGUCUUCUCGCUUCCAUCUUUUGCUAGGAGAAUUGAAUGUUAGUCUACACACAUCCGGCACAUUAUUAGCGGAUCCUUUUCUUGUGUUUUAUUAUUUUUAUGCGGUUUGUUUUUGAGCUGUUGACGAAGGACAACACGUCUAGACCUGACCUGUAGGUGAUAUAGUACAUGUAUCUGUUCGCGGAAUUAAUUCCCUGAAGAAAUUCGGUUCAACUUGUUUGUACCAUCUUGCA